AUGGAGGCUGAGAGGGCUGUAGCUGGUGCAGCAAGACCUACAGGGUCACAGGAAAGCCGGGAUCUUGCUGAGUUCCGGAAGUGUAAUCCUCCACAAUUUGCAGGAGAUGCAGAUCCAGAGGUAGCUGACCGCUGGAUCCGUGAGCUGGAGAAGAUCUUUACUGUCCUGGGAUGUCCUCUAGAGAGGAGGUUAGCAGAUGCUGUGUAUAUGCUUGUGGGAGAGGCCGAGCAUUGGUGGGGAAGCACUUAUCAUAUGCUUGCUACUAGAGGAGUUGUAGUUGACUGGGAGUGCUUCAGGAUGGUAUUCAUGGAGAAGUACUUUCCGGAGAGUGUAAGGCACGCCAAGGAGGCUGAGUUCCUGCGGUUACACCAGGGUGGGUUGUCAGUAUCGGAGUAUGCGAUGAGGUUCGAGCACUUGGCUCGUUUUUAUUCACAGGCUACUUUUGAGGCAUGGAAGUGCAAAAAGUUUGCAGAGGGUCUGAAGUAUGAGCUGAAGAAGGUGGUGGUGCCUAUGGCCAUCACCGAGUUUCCUGCCUUGGUAGAGAAGGCGAAGAUUGUGGAGAGGUUAGAAGGGGGUAACCGUGUGAUUAGAGCUACCGAGAGACCAGCUUCAGAGCAAAUACCCUACCAGCUGUAG